ACGCCAAAUAAUUUUUUUUUUUCUUAAACGUCUUUUUUCGAUUGAAACUAAAGCGAGAGUGAGAAAUAAAAAACUCGAAGACCAUUUUGUAACCGACUUUAUUAUAUGGCAGAAAAUAAUUAUACUGCAAAAUGUCAGCAAUAUCCCAGCAAGAUUUCAAAUAGAAGGGAGACCGUAUCGUUCCAAGUUCCGCGUUAUAAUGCAGCCUGUGGUAGAGAACAGAGGCAUCGUUCCACCGGGAAUGCAGCUGCGAUUGAUCAUUCUGUUCCGUUGCGACGAUAUCGAUACACCAGAAGAAGUAUUGGUGUUAAACGUUCAACAUGGAAGUUCGGUGAUUAUCCGGUUGCACGGAUACAAAGACCCUCCUAUUUUGUUGGGUAUAAAAUCUUUUACAUUAAAUAGCUCUGAAACUUUAUCUACCUGGAUGACGGAAGGCGAUAAUUUUGUAAGCAUGACUUUCGACUGUAAGAAAGCCUUUGUAGGAGAAGAAGUUUAUGUACUUAUAAAAUUCAAGAACGUCGGCGGAGAGGGCCGGUUUUUCAUAAUGAGCGAGGCAGACUGGUUCUCUAUGAACAUUAUAGAUAUCACAGAUAAAAAUAGUUUAAAAUUAUCCUGUUUUACCGUGUGGCCUGCUUAUUUUGCACUGAACACAAACGAAGAACUGGAUUUUCAUAUGUACUUCUCGCCAGAGUGCUAUGGAAUUCAUGUGGAAAAAUUAUACAUAUUAUGCGAUAAUUGCACCUUGCUGGAAACAGAGAUAAUCGGUGAUGGAUUAAUAUAUGAGUCCAAUUUCAUCCAGCUUAGUAAAGUAUUUAUACUAUAAACUCGAUGCAAAAUAGGAUUAAUUUAAAUAUGAAAGGUGACAAUUAAAAUAAGUAAAAUUGCAGCAUUUAAUGAAAUUAACACCAUUGGAAAGAAAUAUUGAUAAUCAAGCGAAUUAUUACAUAAACCUGAGCACCAAUACCCCUGACGGUAUCGGGCAAUGCAUCAUUGCUGUAAGCAAUAUUAGGUAUACCGUAUAUUUGUUACCACAAAUUUAACAAUAAAACAAUUUUAGUUUAGUAACUGUUAAUUGAAUAAAUACAUUAUGAUUAUUUUUAAAUAGUGAGA